UCCAAUAUGGCGGCCUCCUCCCUUUGUUCGAUCAAAUUAUUCCCGUGAAAACUUCGGACAUAAACAAUCCUAAAAUGGCCAGAAAAAGUACAAAUCCCAGCAGAGAUAAACACUUAAUUUAUCUGAGGACUCGCUGUUGAUCAUCUUGAAUAUGUCGAAAACACUAGACGAGCGAUCUAGGAAAUUUCUUGAUGCAGUCCAAUCUGACCUUAGGGCUUUGUCGAACGAGACAAGGCGAAAAUUCCAACCGGUCAAAGAGGCGGCAGAAGCUGGGAUCUUACGCCUGAGGACCAUCAGUGCUGCUAAGGUGAAGAAUUUGAAAAUUACCAAAGUUUCACAGUCAUCAUCUGUCAACCUUGUCAGUACAUUAUGGCAGUUGAUGGACGGAGGACUUGAGGAGCUACGGAUUCUUCAGACAAUCAUUCUUCUCAUAACAACUUCAAAUAUUGUUAAUGGAGAAAAUCUUGGAAAGGCCAUGGUCUUGUGCUUCAAGUUGUACUUCAUUAAAGAUGCAACAAUCUGUACAACUGCAGCAGCGACUGUGAGGCAGAUGGUGUCGGUGAUAUUUGAAAGAGUCAUCACUGAGGACAAACAGGGCCUGGCUUCUCAGAAUGUGGAAGAAACAACAGGAUCAGUACGUCACAAGAACUGUCCUGUAAGUCUGUACCCAUGCGGAAGGGAUGCUUAUCUUCUUUUUCAGGAUUUAUGCCAACUGACAAAUGGAGAACAGCCUUACUGGUUGAAUGGAGUCAAUGAGAUGGCAAGAACAUUUGGAUUAGAGCUGCUAGAAAGUGUGCUGAGAGGCUACCCAAACAUAUUUCUCAAGCAUCCAGAGUUCAGCUUCCUUCUGAAGGAGAGGGUAUGCCCUCUGAUUAUCAAGCUUUUCUCUCCAAGCAUCAAACAUCGCAUAAGCUCCACUCCAUUAGAGAAGCCUCUUUAUCCUGUGGCAGUUAGACUUCUUAGAAUUGUCUCUGUCCUGAUCGAGAAAUUUUACACUCUUCUGGUAACAGAGUGUGAGAUAUUUCUUUCUCUCUUGGUGAAGUUCUUGGAGCCAGAUAAACCUCAGUGGCAAAGAGCACUGGCUCUCGAGGUACUUCAUACCCUCACCAUUAAGCCAGCCUUGCUCAGGUCAUUUUGUCUCUUCUAUGACAUGCAAGAGCAUUCUACAAGAAUCUUCCAUGAUAUGGUGAACGCUCUGACGAGUUUUACCCAGGGCAUAUUCACCAACCUGUCAUUGCACAGCUCCUCGCAAAACACAGCUCAUCUGCCGAGUGCGAACACAAUUCAAACACCUUCCAGUGCCCCUCCUCCAUCAGUUGUGGCGCUGAGUGCGAUGGGCGGGGUCACUCCGCAGCCCGGAUUCUCCUAUAGGGGUGCAUGGAUACCCCUGUCUGUUAUGCCCGUUUUGGGACAAGCUAAACCUGUUUACCUUGAGCAGUUAGAGAGGGAGAGUUCUUCGAUCUCUGAUGGCUACACACUGUCCAUCGCCUUUGCCUGUUUGCUGGAGAUCGUCAAAAGUCUUGAUGUACUUGUACAAGAAAACAAUGGUGUGUCAAGUGCUGCCGAAGGGAUGGGCUGGAUUGAGCCCAAAGAAUCAGGAGCAGCCAUUGAAACUGGGGUGGGAACUGACACUAUCACUGAGAAUGAUAAAGGAUCCAAGGCACCAGACUUAUUUCAGGAGAUGGUGUCAGCCUCAUGGUGUGGUAUUUUAGCAUCGUUAUCUUUGCUGUUGGAAGCAAGCAAUGAUGAAACAGUUACGGAAUCCAUUCUAAAAUCCUACCAGCUCUACGCCAAUGUCUGUGGUAUCCUGGGUCUUACAACUCCAAGAGAUGCUUUCAUCACAUCUCUUUGCAAAGCAGCACUGCCUCCACACUACACCCUGACAGUAGUUAAUCCCCACUCUGGUACCGCUCAGGUUUCUUAUGUCAAGAUGCCAAUUAGUGGGUCCCAGGCUCUCUUGGAUCCGCAAGGAGGAGAUCACCGGGCCUUGGGUAAAUCAGUUGGCAACUCAGGGGAGACUAGUUCUAGUGCUGUAGUCACAGGGACGCCACUUGGUUCUAGUCAUGGUCCAGUGUCGUUGACAGCGAAGAACAUUCAAUGUAUGCGAUCAUUACUGAGCCUUGCUCACUGCCACGGAGGAAUUCUGGGUACAGCGUGGCAUAUGGUUCUUACCACGCUGCAGCAUCUCACUUGGAUUUUGGGUCUCAAACCAUCAACAGGAGGAACUCUCAAAGCCAUGCCAGCGAGCGAGGCCCCUAACCUGGUAAUAACACAAGCAAUGAUGGCUGAACUUCCGGUCUUAGCUGCUAUCUUAUCAAGGCUCUUUGAAACAUCCAAAUACCUGGAUGAUGUAGCCCUUCAUCAUCUUGUAGACGCGCUUUGUAGAUUGUCGUCUACAUCCAUGGAACAAGCACAAAGCAACAAGGAACCGUCUCUCUUCGCUGUUGCCAAGUUAUUAGAAACAGGGCUAAAUAACCUCCACCGCGCACGCGUUUUGUGGAAACCGCUGACCGCACAUCUGUUGGAGGUUUGCCAACAUCCGCACACGAAAAUGAGAGAAUGGGGCGCCGAAGCGGUGACAUCAUUGGUUCGCUCAGCUCUGACGCAUGACCACGAUCUACCACUUAAACAAGACCUGCAAUUACAAUCCAUGAUUCUGAGUCCACUCCAAGAAAUGUCAAAUAUUAGUUUUUCUGAUAUUCGCUAUAAACAAUUGGAAUGUGUACUUCAGUGUCAAAGCAUUUACUGUCUGCUUAGAUGCACUAAUAUGUGUAUUUUUCUGCCGCGUUCUUAUAGGGAAGGUCUCAUUCGCGUGGCAUUUCAAAGCUUGCAGCUUGUGGUGACCGAUUUCCUUCCCUUAAUGCCUUGUACGUGCAUCAAGGUAGUGGUAGAUGUGGCAGGAAAAUUUGGCCUGCAGCCCCAAGAGCUGAACAUUAGCUUGACAGCCAUUGGUCUGUUGUGGAAUAUCUCCGAUUUUCUAUCACAACACCGAGAGAAAAUUCGCACAGAGUUGCAAGGUGCUGAAACCACCACAAAUGACAAUGCCAAGUACGACAAACCCGUUCCCCCUUCAGACAGACAGUGGAUGUGUUUGUAUUCCAAACUUGGUGAGCUGUGUGUCGACCCCAGGCCUGCGGUCAGAAAAAGCGCGGGACAAACGCUGUUCUCCACCAUUAGUGCGCAUGGCUCGUUGCUGGAGAAUGUCACGUGGUACACAGCUCUGUGGAGGGUAUUGUUUCCUUUGCUUGAACAAGUGAAAGCCAUGUCUACUUCAGCGGCUGAUGUUCCUCCACCGAGCGACGUGGUAAACUCAAAGAAUAAAAUCCUUAUUCACCAUUCACGGGAUACCGCUGAAAAACAGUGGGCGGAAACACGUGUUCUGACUCUUAGUGGCGUGGCGCGUGUGUUUAACAACCGGCGCCAAAUUUUGGCGGGUCUUGACGAGUUCCCGCGCGCAUGGGCGCUGUUGUUGGAGUUUAUUGAGUCUGCGGCUCUGAGUAAAUCCGCUGAAGUUGCACUGGCGGCUCUUAAAAGUUUUCAAGACAUCGUUCAAGAUUCGUCAGAAAGUCAAGAUGGCGCUGUUGCAAAUUCAUCGAGUCCGGGAGACAGUGGGAAGGAGAAAAGAGCAGUAAAAGGAGCUGCUAAACUUAAAGUAAAACCUAAAUUUUGUGAAGCCGCAGAUGAGGAUUUAAAUUUGUGGACGAAUGCAUGGCGUGCUUGGUACAACAUCGGCAUAACAAGGAUGUCGGAGGAACAUAUCUUCAGAACUCGGCGGGACUCUUCUGGAAAAAUCACUUCAACUAGAACUUACCCUGCACAAGCUUUUCUGGCAGCCUUAGUUCAGAUUUUUCCUUCACUAUUCAUGAGAAUUUACAGUCGUUUUGGCAUGGCUGAUCUACAGAAGCUUGCGAAAAUUCUACAAAGCUCUGUAACUAUUCCUGUGCAUAUAGAUCAGUCGCCGUUUUUAGUUCCUUCGUUUCACGAUACCGUGUUAACAGCGUUACAACAUGCUAUUCUGGAUGCUGUUGAAAUUUUGCGUGAGCCUCUUCCUCAUUCUUCCAAUGCGGUUCUGCACGAUUCUAAACAACCAAUUUAUCCGACACUUUUCACACUGUUACUACAGUUUUUCGAUUACGCAACGGAACCUCCUAGAGUUGACGAUUCGUCGGAUGCACAUGCUUCGAGAAGGAGGAAGAAGGAAUGGAUUAUUCUGUCGUUGACUCCGUUUUCGGAGAAAUGCAUGGAAAUGGUUGUGGUGCUUUAUGGGGAAUGUUUUUCUGAGCCAGCUGUUAUAGAGGAAAAAGUGUUAGAGAAUAUCAUCAAGUCUUUGCGCAAUCCUCUUCGUCUCAAGUACAGCUGCUCGUCCCAGUCCACCUGGAAACUAGCCGUGGAUUCAUUGAUGACUGUUAUUCGUAAGGGACUCAAUGUGGCUCUCGCACGACCAGAUUCUUUCAGGUCCAUGUGGUAUGAAUUAGCUUCAGCGUUUGAAGACUUUCUUUUUUCAGACAAGACCCCUCCUGAGAAUCAGUCGCUGGAACAGCAUCAGGCAGACGAAGAAGUAGACAUCAAGCUUCUGCGCAUGAUCCGUGAGGAGAUUCUUCCCCAUUCCGCUGCUCUGCCUAAAGACUUCAUGGCGCGAAUCAUGGCACUUCUGAACAGAGGUUCCAUUCACUCCGCUGCAGAUGCCACUUUUAGCGUCAGGCAUUUCAAGAAAAUCCGUGUUGUGCGUUAUUACGUUACAUUGGUUGCGGCCGCACUUAGUGAGUUAAACGUGGUUGAGAUUUCCAACAAGGGAGUUUGCUGUGACCGCAUUUUCACUUUUGUUAUAGACGGUAAGGUGUCAGAAUUGGCGCUGGACGCUCUUCUGAGACGAUGUAGUGACGUUGUUGUUAAAUACGUGGAAGAUGAGAAACUGAGUGGAAAAUGUCCUCUACCAAGAACACGAAUGGCGGAGAUGUCUUUUGUCAUGAAAGCCAUCAGUACAUUGCUGGCAUCCUUGAAAAGAGCUGUUAGGGAAAACCCUACAGUUGUGGACGCACAGAUCUGGGAACAAGUCGUUGAGUUCUACCCGCGUCUUGUGGAAUGCACCGUUUGUAACUCAACCCCUGUCCGACGAGCUUUGCGAGAGGCGCUACAAGAGUACGCUGACCUGGUAAAACCGCCGAUCCGUGCAUCGAAAGCAGUAAAUGGAAAACGUUAAAUUGAAGACUAAUGCAGAAAGACAUCAAGCAUUCGCUUUUAAGCGUGUAAGGGAGAUAACUUGACAUUAAAUUUUAAGAUAAGGUUUUUGAACUUCACCAAAGACUCUCUUGAAAAUACUAUAAUGAGGAAAAAAAAAAUCACACUUCAAAAGAUACUCGUAGUACUGUACCUUCCCGACUUCCAAGGUGGCUACUGUACAACGGGAACGAGUCAGAGAAAUUACAGCUCCUUGGGAUAUUUUAUAGGCGUUCACUUGAUCCCCCGCAAUGCUGUUGGUAAAUAGUCUCAAAAAAA